AUGUUGCCGGCGGCGAGUAUCUCGGCGUUUACACUUCACGGGCUCCCUCCGACGUCCACCGUCCUCCUUUCUCCUCGUCCUCCUCGGACGACGUCUCGGGGACGUCGUCUGAGAGUCAGAAUUGUUGUAGCUUCAGCUGCCGGCAGCAGCAGGCCGGCGGCGGCAAUGGGGAAGCCGCCGCCUCACGUCUCUAUGGAGGUUGGGGACGACGGCGUGGCGGUGGUCAAAAUCUCUAACCCUCCGGUUAACGCUUUAGCUGUUCAAAGGGAUGUUUCGUUUAUGGAUGGUGUUUCUGUUGAUCUCGUUGUCAACACAAUUGAAGAAUGCAAGAAACCUGUUGUUGCUGCUCUGCAAGGAUUGGCAUUGGGAGGAGGCUUAGAACUAGCCCUGGGAUCUCAUGCUCGUAUUGCUGCACCAGGAACUCAACUCGGCUUGCCAGAACUGUCACUUGGCGUGAUUCCUGGCUUUGGAGAACUGCUGAAAGUAUCUCGAGAAUGGGCUCUGGACAUUGCUGGCAGGCGCAGGCCGUGGGUUCGUUCCCUUCACAAGAGUGACAAGAUGGGUUCCCUCUCUGAGGCCACCCAGGUGCUGAAAGCUGCUAGGCUGCAGGCCAAGAAAACCGCCCCGAAUCUGCCUCAGCAUCUGGGAUGUCUCGACGCGAUCGAGGAUGGCAUUGUUCAUGGAGGGUACAGUGGGGUUCUCAAGGAGGCAGAGGUGUUCAAGGAUUUGGUGUUAUCCGAAACUUCGAGGGGCCUAGUUCAUGUGUUCUUCGGCCAACGUGCUACAUCGAAGGUGCCUGGUGUGACCGAUGUUGGCCUCGAACCGAGGCAGAUCGAGAAAGUGGCUGUCAUAGGUGGAGGACUAAUGGGUUCUGGGAUAGCUACUGCCCUCAUUACAAGCAACAUUCAUGUUGUUCUGAAAGAAGCCAGCUCUGAGUAUCUUCACAGAGGGAUCAAAACAAUCGAAGGCAACAUUCGAAACUCGGAGAAAAGAGGGAAGUUGACAAAGGGUCAGGCUGACAGAGCUCUCUCAAUGCUCAGAGGUGCAUUGGACUAUUCGCAGUUCGACGAUGUGGACAUGGUCAUCGAGGCAGUUACUGAAAACAUACCUUUGAAACAGAAGAUAUUCAAUGAACUUGAAAAGAUAGUGAGGACGGACAAGACCUCUGCACAGGCCAUUCUUGAUCUGAUGACAGUUGGGAAGGCUAUGAAGAAAGUCCCCGUCGUCGUGGGCAACUGCACCGGUUUCGCUGUCAAUCGGACCUUCUUCCCCUACUCUCUGAGUGCACAUAUACUAGCCCAUCUAGGCGUGGACAUUUUUCGAAUCGACAGGGUCGUCAGCAGCUUCGGCCUCCCCAUGGGACCUUUCCAGCUCCAGGAUCUAGCUGGGUAUGGAGUUGCUGUGGCUGUCAGCAAGCAAUUCGAGGUCGCGUUCCCUGAGGAUCGAUCGUUCAAGACGCCUCUGAUCGAUCUCUUGAUUGCGAGCGGACGAGAUGGCAAGAACAAUGGGAGAGGAUACUACAUUUACGAGAAGGGGAGCAAGCCGAAACCCGAUCCUUCGGUGCUACCCAUCAUCGAGGAGUCUAGGAAAAUCGCCAACAUUAUGCCCAAUGGAAAGUCGAUCGAUGUUAGCGAUCAAGAUAUUCUGGAAAUGAUCCUGUUCCCAGUGGUGAACGAGGCUUGUCGCGUGCUCGACGAGAACGUGGUGGUUCGAGCAUCGGACCUCGAUGUAGCCUCCGUGCUUGGGAUGGGUUUCCCGUCUUAUCGGGGUGGGAUCAUGUUUUGGGCGGAUUCGAUAGGAGCGAAACACAUAUGUGAAAGGCUGACGAGGUGGUCGGAGUUGUACGGUGGGUUCUUCAAGCCGUCGAGCUACCUGGAAGAGCGAGCAGCAAGGGGAAUUCCAUUGUGCUCCUGCUCCGUCUCCCUCUUCUUGAUCGUCGCAGUCGACAAGCUACCAGCCCCGGCCAUGGCGAAGCCUCACGUGUCUAUGGAGGUCGGGAGCGACGGCGUGGCGGUGAUCGCCAUCUUCAAUCCUCCAGUUAACGCUCUAGCUAUUCCAAUAAUCAACGGAUUGAAGGAGAAGUUCGGCGAGGCUACCCGGAGAAACGACGUCAAGGCUAUCGUUCUAACUGGCAAGGGUGGCAGGUUUUCUGGCGGUUUUGACAUCAAUGUGUUCCAGAAGGUUCAUGCUACUGGGGAUGUUUCAGUCAUGCCUGAUGUUUCUGUUGAUCUCGUGGUAAACACCAUCGAAGAUUGCAAGAAACCUGUUGUUGCUGCUGUGGAAGGAUUGGCGUUGGGAGGAGGCUUAGAACUAGCACUGCUGUCCAAGCCAAUCCUAUCUGAAGAAGGACAGAAGCUUGGUCUUAUUGAUGCUCUUGUCUCCUCUGAAGAGUUGCUGAAUGUAUCACGACAAUGGGCUGUAGAUAUUGCUGAAAGGCGCAAACCAUGGGUUCGUUCCCUUCAUAAGACUGACAAGAUUGGUUCCCUCUCUGAGGCCCGUCAAGUACUGAAAGCUGCUAGGCUACAAGCCAAGAAGACCGCCCCAAAUAUGCCUCAGCAUCUGGGAUGCCUUGAUGUUAUUGAGGAUGGCAUUAUUCAUGGAGGCUACAACGGGGUUCUGAAGGUGCCUGGUGUCACUGAUGUUGGCCUUAAACCUAGGCAGAUAAAGAAAGUGGCUGUUAUUGGUGGCGGGCUAAUGGGUUCUGGAAUAGCUACUGCUCUCAUUACAAGCAACAUAUAUGUUGUUCUUAAAGAAGUCAACUCUGAUUAUCUUCUAAAAGGGACAAAAACUAUAGAAGGAAAUAUUCGGAACUUGGAAACAAGAGGAAAGUUGACAAAGGAUAAGGCCAACAAAGCUCUCUCAAUGCUCAAAGGUGCUUUAGACUAUUCAGACUUCAAUGAUGUGGACAUGGUCAUCGAGGCAGUUAUUGAGAAUAUUCCCUUGAAACAAAAGAUAUUUGGAGAACUUGAAAAGGUUGUUUCCCGACAUGCUCUUCUUUUUAUGGACAGCCCUGCUCAUAUAAUGCCUCUCCUGGAGAUAGUGAGGACGAACAAAACCUCUGCACAAGCAAUUCUUGAUCUCAUGAUAGUUGGGAAAGCUAUCAAGAAAGCUCCUGUCGUCGUGGGCAACUGCACUGGUUUCGCAGUCAAUCGGACUUUUUUCCCCUACUCACAGAGUGCACAUAUAUUAAUCCAUCUAGGUGUUGACGUCUUCAGAAUCGACAGGGUCAUCAGCAGCUUCGGCCUCCCUAUGGGCCCUUUCCAGCUCCAGGAUUUAGCUGGAUAUGGAGUUGCUGUGGCAGUGAGCAAAGAAUUUAAUAGUGCAUUCCCUGAUCGCACAUUUAAGACACCCCUGAUUGAUCUGCUGAUUAAGAAUGGACGAAAUGGCAAGAACAACGGAAGAGGAUACUACGUCUACGAGAAGGGAAGUAAGCCAAAACCUGAUUUUUCAGUUCUACCCAUCAUUGAGGAGUCUAGACGCGUUGCCAAUAUGAUGCCCAAUGGAAAGCCAAUCAAUGUUACUGAUCAAGACAUCUUGGAGAUGAUCCUCUUCCCAGUGGUGAACGAGGCAUGCCGAGUACUCGACGAGGACGUGGUGGUUCGAGCAUCAGACCUCGAUAUAGCAUCUGUGCUUGGGAUGAGCUUCCCAUCUUAUCGUGGUGGGAUCGUCUUUUGGGCGGACCUGGUUGGGGCGAAGCAUGUAUAUGAAAGGCUAUCGAGGUGGUCGGAGUUGUACGGUGGGUUCUUCAAGCCAUCGAGCUACUUGGAAGUGCGAGCGGCAAGGGGAAUUCCAUUGAGCGCUCCUGCAUCAUCUCUCACUUCCUCGCCGAAGUCUCGCCUGUAGACAACAACAACAACUCCACACGUUGCAGCCAUCAUCAAAUCAAAUGCAAUAAAAUGUUGGGAAAUGUAUUUGAGAUCCUCGUACCCAACAAGGAAGGAUAGAUACGGUUUAGAAACCUUUGGACUUUGAUAGCUAAAAAUGGGCAAUGACUUGAGGUGCUAUCAUCAUUUUAUCGAUCGAUGUCUUGGUCAUUGUAGAAGAUAGAUUUGGCGGAACCAGGCUAGUUGCCAGGCUGUCCUAACCCCAAAGAAAUAAGUGCAAGUAUAGCCGGAUUGAACUAGUUUGAGUAUCAAUUUCUGGAACUAAUGCAACGGAUUUUGUUGCCUUCCUCCUCUCUGCAAAACUUAUUUGAUCCGAUAUUUUAGAUCGCUCAUUCUAUCAUCUGCUCUUGGUAUUAGUUCUGCCCAUGGAAUUUGGUAUUGUAGUGGAUCAACGCGGUUGGACC